AUGUCGCCGAGUGCUCUCAGACCCGAGCCGGGGUUCACGGUGGUGCCGAUGAAGAAAACGGGCGACGACAAGACCAACUUUGGCGCCGUGGUUGACGGCCUGGACUUGAACGACAUCAGCGAUGACGACGUCCAGGCGCUGUCGGACGCCAUUUGGACGCACAAGGUGGUGGUCGUCAGGGGCCAGCAGGACCUCCAUCCGCAGAAGCAGUGGGAUCUGGUGACGCGCUUCGACCCGGACGCGCCGCCGGUGCACUCGCACGGCGACAUGAAGACAUUCGAGGCCAACGGCGGCCUGCUGGUGCGCGGGCGGUACGUGGCGGCGCUGCCGGGCGUCGAGAACAUCCGGAUUGUCGGCAAGGGCUACCAGGGCGCGGACCACUACGGCCUCAAGGACCUGACAAUCACCAAGGACCGGCUGCACGCGUGGCACAGCGUCAAGCUGGCCGACGAGGCGUUUGCGGCCGGCCACACGCGGUUCCAGCGGUGGCACAUUGACGCGCCGCUGUACGACCGCGACCCGGCGUGGUUCACGACGCUGCGGUGCGUCAAGCGGCCAACGGUGACGGCAACGGCGCCGGCCCUGACGGUGCACUGGGACGACGGCAGCGGGCAGACCAAGGCCGUGCAGCCGGGCCUGACGGCCUUCUUCAGCAACGUGCAGACGUACGCGAUGCUCACGCCCGAGGAAAAGGCGCUGGCCGACCACUCGUGGGUCGAGUACGCGCCGCACCCCUACACGUGGCUGGGCGACGCCGAGUCCAACCCGACAGGGCUCGGCAUUGCGGGGUCGGGCAAGGAGCUGCCGCUGGACCAGCUGCCGGCGUACGAGGACAGCAAGGUCAAGCGCUACCCCAUGGUGUGGGUGAAUCCCGUGACGGGCGAGCGGGCGUUUAUGGUGCACAGCAUCUGCGUGCGGCGGCUCUUUCUGCGCAAGUCGCAGGACGAGGCGGCCGUGUGCGUCGAGGACCUCGGCACGGUGCGCGCGUGGCUGCGGGCGAUCCAGGAGCGCGUGCUCCAGCCCGCGUACGUCAUGGUGCCCGAGCUCGAGGAGGGCGACAUUGUCAUGUGGGCCAACUACCAGAUGUUCCACUCCGCCAUCGACUACCCGGACGAGAUGGGCCCGCGCACAAUGCACCAGGCCAACAUUGGCGCCAGCAUUGGCCCGACGGGGCCGUUCCCUUUGCCCGCGGCAGCAUGA